CCCUAGAACUUUUUUUCUCCCGUUUUAUUGAGAAGUAACUGACACGCCUCACUGUAUAAAUUCCACACGUGUGGUAUGAUGCCGUGACUGACAUACGCCAGGAAGUGAUGACCACGCUAGGGUUAGUUACCACCCAUCAUCUCGUGUAGAUACAGGAAAAAGGAGGAAAUAGGUUUGUCUCCUUGUGAUGACAACGUAGGAUGUACUCUCUCAACAACCUUGCUGCACAGGCAGAGAGUGGGUUCCGUCCAGAUCACUGCAGUAAAGCAAGUCAUGCCAAGUUUCUGAUUUCCCAGCGUGUAUAAAAGUUGUGUUUACACUAGAUUGUAGUCUUUUAAAUGUGCAGUAGUAUUAUGUCUUUAAAAACGUAGACACCUUAAUUAAAAAAUGCUUAAUUGCUAAAAAACAUGCCAACCAUCAUCUGAGCCCUCAGCAAGACAUAAUCAGCCCUGGAGGGGCGAGCGCAGCAGGGUCGCAAGCUGUUCGUUUCCUGUUCUGUGGAUGGUCUCACACCAGUGCUCGCUUGCGGCCUCCUGGUUCAGGUUUCAGUGCUGCUGCACUUUUAACGUUUCAAAGCAUUUAAACCCACAUCUGCCCUAUGGGAGAUGCCCUCCUCCAUCCCCUUCAAAGAAAACCAGCUGCAGUUGGUGAUUUUGGGCUCCAGGGACAUCAGAGUGGCUCACUGUAAAGGCACUUGACACGAGACUUCUGGAGAUGUCCUUCCUUUUCUCCCUUCCUCCCUUAUUACUGUAUCUCUUUGAAUCUAAGAUGCCAGGUGUUAAUUACAUCCUGAUUUCAGAAAUGAAAAAGUACAAAAUCAUUUGUCUUAGAAUAAACAAAAACGCGUGGUUUCUUCUCAAAGUCCACCUGGAGGUUGGUGCAGCCCCCCACCUCGUGUCAGGAGCCCCACCAUCCCGACCUGGUUUGGCUGAAGUGUGGUCACUGAUCGUCUGUUAUUAAACAUGGGUGGGUUUACCCACUGUCCUCACUGGGUAACGGAGAUUACCUGCAACUGAUGGGAGAACUUAUCUGCAACUGAUGGGGAAAGUCCCUGUGCGGAUAUGGCAGGUUCAGGGAGCGAGUUUCCGAGGCUGGAAAGAAGUGACUUCGCUGUUUAACAAGGAUGAUGAGCAGCACCUGCUGGAAAGAUGUAAAUCCCCCAAGUCCAGAGGAACUAACUUACGAUUAAAAGAAGACUUGAAGAUGGAGAAGAAGUCUGGAUUUUGGGACAACUUGGUUUUGAAACAGAAUACACAGUCUAAGAAACCAGAUGAGAUCGAAGGUUGGGAGCCUCCAAAACUUGCUCUUGAAGACGUGGCAGCCGACUCGGGCGACCUCAUGAGUGACCGUCUGUCUGGGCCAGGCUGGGAGGAGGACGCCAGAGGCUCCACCAAGUACACCAGCCUGGCCAGCGCUGGGAACAGCUCGCGCUGGAGCCUCAGGUCAGCGGGGAAGCUGGUCAGCAUCCGUCGGCAGAGCAGAGGCCACCUGACGGACGACUGGGAGGAGCUGGAGUGACGGCCCCACUCCUGCGAGUUCACAAACCAAGAUCUGCCUGAUUUUGCACCUUUGUAUCUCAUUUCAUUCAGAUUCCUAGAGUUUGCUGUAUCACAGUGUUUUUUCAGUAGAGUAUCAAGUUUGGUCUUUCCCAGAUGAAACGUGCAGAGAACCUGCCCUGUGCUGUUUUACGUGGACUCUCCCUCUUCAAACGCUUACGUAGGAAAUUCCUCGGUGGACACGAACAGGGACCGCACGUCGACUGCCUUAUGUGGAAACGUCCUCCUGUCGUCCAAGUGUUGCUGAGACUGGAGACGUGAGGUUUGCUGCUGUCCAGUGGUAAUUUGCAUUUUGCCACAAAACCGUCUUCCUGUGUCCUCGGUUGCAGUUUUUUGUUCUGUGACUUGAUCCCUUUCUCUGCAUGUAGCACAUAUGUGUAGUCUAUGACACAAGAAUGUAGCAGCUGCGCAGUUCUCUUCUGUUGCCAGAAACAUGCAAUCCAGGUGUAAAAUGAAUCUUCCAAAGGUCGUGUUACAUUGUGUUAACUCUUCUUUUGUACUAAAUUUUGAAAUAUGCAAGCAGAAUAAACCCUGGAGAAGCGAAGGCUGUAUCUGAUCAGCGUGAAUGCACUGUCUGCAAACUCAUCUUCAUCUCCAGCCUCCCGUAAGCGCAUUAGAUGGUGACAGUGGUUCUUAUCUUGAGGUUUUAUUUUUACUUUUCCUGAACUUUUAAAUAUUGAUCUUACUUUCUUCUAAAACUUUGUUCUCUGUUUUUGAUUGCAGAUUAAAGAAUGCUAUAAAGCAUGGAUCAGUUUUAGUAACUUGACACUUAAUUUUGUUUGGAAGAUGAUAACUUGCUCGUUAAGAGUUAAAACUGUAUGUAAAAUGAUGAAAGUGCCUCUCUUCUCUAACACCCAGGGUUUUGUUUUUCCAAAUGAGAGACUGGCUGGUUUGGGCACGUCACUGAGGCGUCUCGUGUGUCUCCAGACUUGCUUUCUGCCUCCCUGAUAGACUGGCCCCUUGGUCGGGUACCCGUGCACGUGUGUCCUCAGCAGGACAGCUCUGAUCCACAGGAGUACGUGUCUAUCUCAGGUCACGGUGGCUUCACAGAGAAGGUAUAGGGGUUUUUUGGUUAAAAACAAAAACCUCCAGUUACACUGUGCAUUCCUCUCUUUAAAAGCCACUGUCCUCAGUGUUCGGUUCUGUGCUGUUCCACGUAAGGGGGUGUCAUUUAGCAUUUCUGUGGACUCCGGGGGGUGACAGUGUCUGCCUGUCAUCUGUCAUUUCUCAACCAGUCAUCUGUCUACACUGUCAUCUCCAGCCAUCCGUGUACAAUGUCUACCUGUCCUCUAACCAUCUCUCUCUCUCUGUCUACGUAGCAUCCAUCAGUCAUCUAUGUCCGUCUUUUCCUAAGAGACAAGAAGUUUACUUCACUGAGCCUUUAAAGGGGGCCAUGUAAGUGGUGGUAAAAUCCAGUUUGCGUUAGAACCUUGAAAUGGUUAACACCGGAACUGAAAACCGUGUUUCCUCAGGUAAACAGUUCAGUACAUAGACUGUAGUCCUUCUCCCUAAAGAGACGCUUGCUGUGGCUGCAGACGAGCUCCAGACCGUCAUUUACGUGAGGAUUUUAAAGCAGGAGCCGCGGGCUUGUCUUGGGCUAAUCCUGUGUUGCGGUGCAGGGAGCGGUGCAGGGACACAGACCUCGUGUCCGAGGCUCUAGGCAGGGAGCUCAGCGCGGGGGUGGGGACAGCGUCCUCACCGUGGGGAGCCUGUGCCCGUGCGCUGCAACGCUCAGUGCCUGUGAAACCCCCGUGGUGCCCAGCCGGCAGAACAGCUCUUCAUACCGUUGUUCCUCAAAACCAGACCGGGGUUGGAAUAUGCACACAAAUCACACUUAUCUACAAAGAUUAACGUAAAAAUGAAUUUUUCUUCUGUUGUGUCUGAUUAAACGAAAAUAUAUGUGGGUUUUAAUAUAAAUAUUUAUUGGUAUGCUUUGGGGGAAAGAUAUUUUUUCUUGAUAGAAUUUACCAAAGCAUCUUUGUUUUGUUCACUGGCUGAUGAGAGAACAGGUUUGUUUGAAUUCUGUAAAAACAUAGCUUCUCUGUGUGAAGAGUGAAGUGUCUGCCGUUUUUAACAGGAAAAUGAUUUCUUCAAAGAAGGUUGAAUUCUUAUUGCUGAGGUUUUUAAAAAUAAAACAUGCUUUAUAUACUCUGACUGUUAGUUUGCACGGUUACUGGCAUCUGCUUCCGGUGACUCAGUCACUCAGAGCUGAUGGUACCCGUUCUCGACACCUUCAACCUCAUUUAAGAUGCCAACAAAAUGUGUAGACUCAUAAAUAAACGACCAACUUCAACUUCA